UCUGAGAGGUGAUUUCUAUGGAUCCGGAGUGAUACUCCCCAGUCGUGAAACAAUGACCAACAUUACGGAUUUCUAUGAUGCAUUUUCACAGUUUUCUUCGGAUUUCUUCUCACCGUCACCAAGAAUCGCUUCGGCUGGAAACCGCAUAAUAAAUAUUUUUGGAUUUAACAUCAGUGUGUCUACCCUCGACUUCAUUGGAAAUUUGUCCGUCCCUGUUUGCGGUGUGCCAGCAGAUCAGAACGAUUUGGGCCGUCUAGCUCUGGAGCUGAAAUCUUUACCACCCUCGAUGACGGAUGGUUCAGGUAUACUGACAGUCGAAGGUGCGUCGCUUAAUAGGCAGCGUCGGAUGGCCAGUAAUUCCGCUUCGGAAUCCACUACACAGUCUCCAGUCAGUGAUUUUUGUAAAACAGUUUAUCAGUUUUUUCUCACCGACCACAUUCAAAGCUUUGUGAGCAGACUAGGUUUUUUCCUUUUUGGCUACAUAUAUUAUUAUCCUUCCACGCCGGUGACCGAUGAAAUAAUGCGCCGUGCUUCAUACCCUUGGCGACUGACCGAUCGAUUCCACACUAUAGUAAAACACUAUUUGAAUCAUACGGGUCCGGCACUGAUUCGUCUGAUCGCAAAUAAUCGUCCAUUGGCUGUUUCCGAAAGUCUCCUGAAACUAUGCGAGGUGCUGCAAGUCACUCAGCCUAAUUUCGCAGCUGAGUUUUGUCCAUUUGCUUCGCGCCUGACGUCAAAACUCCGGAAUCUUCCUUUCAUUUUGAAUUCAACAACUCGUUUACUCGAAAUUGUGGAUCAGUUCUUAGACUGUCGAAAUGAAUUUAUUUCUCUCUAUCCGAUUCAGAGCGAACAAACUUUUAAAAAGAUCCUAGAAUUGCAUAGUUCACUAUCUUUUCCGCCUGGUGCCGGGGUAAACUUCCUACGCGUGCCUCAAAAGACUGAUAUGAGUGACGCCGAAUUUUUUGAGAUUGUAUUACGCCAGCUGGAAUCCCCCAACAACUUCCGUGUUUUUGACCGCUACUGGACCCCUCGUCCUCGCCAGAAUCCAUUGGACGGCGAUGUGGGGUUUGUGAGCAAGGGAUCUUUGGAUAUACAGGAGCUAAUAACCGGUGCAGUCGUUGACAUGGUCGCCAAAAGGCCAGAUAGGUUAGAGCGGCCAGCUGACCCACAAAGUUUGUACAACGAUGAGUUACCAGGUCAAGAGUUCAAGUUUUUCCCCACCCCUUGCUACGUGCAAAAGGACUUUCUCAAUUCUUUUUCACGUAUGUUGCCACAAUUUAUGCUUUUUGCCUGGAUUCUCACAGCCAUGCUGACAACCAAAUAUAUUGUAGAGGAGAAAGAACAACGGCUGAAAGAAUUCACACGUAUCAUGGGUUUGUCCGCUCUGAUUCACUGGCUUGGGUGGUUCUCCAUCACAUUCUUGAUCAUGGGUACCUCGGCGCUGAUCAUCGCUCUCAUGUUCAAACUGGGCAACAUUGUUCCGUUGGCGAAUUUUUUCAUGUUACUCUUGUUGUCUUUGUCCUAUAUGGUUGCAGUGAUUGCACUUACAUUCCUUUGUUCGACUUUCUUCACUCGAGCGAACCUCGGUGCUAUUGUUACUGCCAUGAUCUACUUCAUUCUCUACCUCCCGACUCCCUUGAUUUUUAGCAAUGAGUCUGCAAUGACUGAAACGAUCAUGUUUGCAGCUUCACUUUCAUGUCAAGUGGCUUAUAGUCUGGGCCUGUUCUACUUUGUACGCAUUGAAACACAAGGCUUUGGUGCUCAGUGGCAAGACUUUUGGAAAGCACGGUUUGCUGAGGAUGUAUUCUCCAUUGGAAAAUGUAUGCUGAUGUUAUGGGUAGAUGCGGGAAUCUAUUUGUUGUUAGCCUGGUACGUUGAUAAUGUUUAUCCGGGUAAAUAUGGCCUGAGAAGGCCUUUCUAUUUCCCAUUCACAAGAACGUAUUGGGUUGAAGGGCGUACCCGGACAGUGCUUGCCACGGAUGGUGAUAGUAUAGACUCGGAUAUCAGGGAUGAGCGUUACUUUGAACCGGAUCAGACAAGAAAUGCAGUCGGUGUGACGGUGCUGAAUGUCACAAAGAAAUACGCCAAAAUGCGCAAGCCAGCCUUGGAAAACUUGUCCAUAAAGUUUUAUGCCGACCAAAUAACUUCUUUACUGGGUCACAAUGGUGCCGGAAAGUCAACACUGAUUUCCAUACUAACUGGGAUGAUUCCUCCAUCCAAAGGGACUGCCCAGGUUGCUGGAUAUGACACACAAAAACAGCUGCGUGAAGUGCAUGAUCACCUUGGAUUUUGUCCACAAUAUAAUGUUUUAUUCGAUCAUUUGACCGUGGCCGAACACUUUCGAUUCUACGGUUCUGUAAAGGGUCUCUCUAAAUUGUCGAUUGGCAAGGAAAUUGACAUGUUCUUAGAAACGCUCGGCUUUCAAGACAAACGGGAUUGCCUUAGUAAGACGCUUUCCGGCGGACAGAAGCGCAAACUUUCCGUUGCUAUUGCCUUCAUUGGUGACGCUCCGGUGAUUUUCCUGGAUGAGCCCACAGCUGGUGUGGAUCCUUUUUCUCGCCGAUCCAUAUGGGAUCUAAUAAUAGAUCUUCGGAGAAAACGUACGAUCAUUUUGACUACUCAUCACAUGGAUGAAGCUGAUGUCCUGGGUGAUCGAAUUGCCAUACUCUCACAGGGGAGGCUUCGAUGCUGCGGAACCAGUUUGUUUUUAAAAUCAAAUCAUGGACAAGGCUACUAUUUGAUCUUGACACGUGACAGAACUGAGCAGACGGAGUCAACUUCAACUUCGUCAAACGUGCAAGCUGUUUUGGAUUUUGUUGGGCAAUUCAUGUCGGACAUUCAGUUGGUUAGUGUGACAUCGACAGAGAUUGUUUUACAGCUUCCUUCAAGGUAUGCUUAUGAUGGUCAAUUUUCCGCAUUUUUUAAAACACUCGAGACAGAUUACGCAAAGACUAAUUGCAACGUAUGUAAGGAGCUUCGUGUUUUGGGGAUCAUUUCCUAUGGUUUGUCGGAUACCUCACUGGAAGAGGUAUUCCUCGAAUUAGCCGAAGAUCCUUCUUUUGAGCUUGCAGAGUCCGAGAUAAAGGCGGAAACCACAGUUGAGGCGUGCAACCAGGAAGAAGGGCCACACAGCAAAAGUAAUUAUUUCAGCCGUAGAAAAUCACAAAUAAAUGCUCUACGAGUGAGUGCCCGAUUAUCAAAAUAUACGGAUGACGGAAAGCUUCCUUUGCCGGCAACUCGUCAAAGUUUGCUCAACCGCACGCAUGUUUACGCCUCACUAUCAUCGGGACUUGACGAAUUGGGAAUCGAUUCAACGCAACUUCAACCAAACUGUGGUCAACAGAUGAAGGCCAUGUUUUUAAAACGUUUCCAUUAUUUCAAACGAUACAAACUGGGCUGGGCAAUUGAAUUUCUUCUUCCUAUCAGUUUGAUUAUUCUGACGAUGCUGGUUGUUGACUAUUUCCACGUCUCAGUUUCAAACUCUCCGAUGUCACUUAACCCCUGGUGGAUGUCUCCUCCGCAAGGCGCGCCGUUGAACGUGUUUUAUGAGAACCAGAUGUAUGCCAAAAAAGACCCGAAUACCACUUCCGGUGUUAUGCGUACCAUUAGGCAAGUUGCCAGCAUAUACGAGAGUGCAUUGACCGCUGCGUAUGGGUACACGGGGACCAGGUGUGUUCCGCCAAAUAUACACACGUUUACACCAGCCAAGGCUUCCAGCUGUAGUCACCACAUAUCUCCACCAAACUGGAACUAUGCUGAACAGCUUUCAUCUGUGGAACGUCAGCUAGCUAGAGAUAGCUCCUAUGUUAAGUGUUCAUGCACAAAAGGUAGCCAAGAUUGUCCGGAAAACGCUGUGCAACCAGAUCACCCACCAACCGUCACACUUCAAACAACUGAUAUACUCUACAAUCUCACUGCCUACAAUGUUACCGAGUACUUGCUCAAAACUCGUGAUAGUUUCAUCUAUCGACGUUUUGGCGGCCUCAGUUUUAUCGUGAAUCCAAAUCCUGCUGCACGUGGUGAAUUAGAAACGAUCCUGGAUCCAAGCCGUCCACUGUAUAUGGAGCUUGAACAGCGCUUUUUCGUAGGCCCUAUGCGUACCUACUUUCAUCGUCGCUAUCCAAAUUUGUCGCAAAAACGGUUAAAAAAGUUGCGCAAGAGAUUGGCGGAACUGGAUUCAGAACAAGAACAACUACCAGCUGAUGUUCUGGAGGAAAAGGAACGAGCGCAUAAGCCUUAUUGUAAAGAAAAGAGUAAAGGUGGACGGGGAAGGUACUUAGCGCUAGAUUACCACAAUCAUUCCGAGGUGUCUACACCUCCAGACAUUCACUCAAGUGAUUGGAUAGAAACUGUUAACAAGAAUGCCACUGACGUCGGUUGGCAGCCAUAUCUUUUAUUCCGUCAGUCAAACUCGAUGCGUCCCAAUCCGUCCGUGCUGGCUACAGAUUUGACAAAAUUCUUUCGACGAAAGAAGAAGCCUUCAGUCAAUCGACUUUCUUUUGCAAUUCAUCCAGCUGAAUGCUUCGGUUUGUUGGGGCUGAACGGUGCUGGAAAGACAACUACGUUUCGAAUGCUAACUGGUUCUUUAUCGCCAACCGCAGGAGCAGCCUACGUCGACGGGUAUCAUGUGAUCAAUCAAAUGAGUCAGGCACAACAAAGCCUCGGGUUUUGUCCACAAACUGACGCGCUGUUGAAUACACUGACUGGUAGAGAAACCUUGACGCUUUACGCAAGACUACGCGGUGUUCCUGAGCCAAAAAUACGACCGGUUGUGGCAAAACUCCUAAACAACAUGGGCCUAGCACCACAUGCAGACAAAGUAGCCGGAGCAUACUCUGGCGGAAACCGUCGAAAGCUGUCGACAGCCAUUGCUAUUCUCGGAAGCCCAAGGGUAAUCUUUCUUGAUGAACCCACUAGCGGUAUGGACCCAGUGGGUAAGCGAUUUCUAUGGGAUCAGAUACUUAGAUUGACAAAAGCCGGGAAGGCGGUAGUUCUUACAUCUCACAGUAUGGAAGAGUGUGAAGCGUUGUGCAAUCGAUUGGGCAUCAUGGUGAAUGGACAGUUUCGUUGUCUGGGUAGCGUGCAACAACUAAAAAAUCGAUACGGAAAUGGAUACAUUGCCGAAGUUCGUUUGACUGACAAACCACAGGCUGAUGUUGAUGUGAGGAUAACAUUGCAGAAUGAAUUUCCCGCAGUGACUGUCAACAAAUCAUACAACCGUUGUCAUGAGUACCAGUUUUCUCAAGGUGUGCAAAUGUCCAAGCUUUUCACUGUACUGAAUAAGCUCCGUGAAAAUGAGUGGAUUGAUCAGUACUCAGUGCGACAGACAACUUUGGAUCACGUUUUUGUGAAUUUCGCACGGAUGCAGGUUGAACCACCGGAGUUGUCGGAAGGAGACGGCAGUAUUUCAGAUGUUGAAGAACCUGAUACUGAAACGGUUUCGACAUCGGCUGAAGGUUA